CUGUGAAUGAGACAUCACAAUCUCUAAACUACGUUCAAACAAAUUCCUUUCCUUCUUUCUUCUCUCUUCUCUCUUCUUCUUCUUCUUCUUCCAUUUUUGACUUUUUUCGUUAUUUAUACAGUCCACCAAACUCCAUAGCUACUUCUCUUCUUCCUCCUUCUCAACUGCAUUUCUUUACCAUUUUUCCCUCUUUAACAUCAAAAGAUCAAACCACUCUUUUUCUGAACAAAAAAAAGUGAAAGUACAUUGAUUUGAUUAAAUGGGUAAUUGUAGUUGUUGCUCUGCUUCUGUUCAACACCUUUCCCCUUUUCUCAAACCUCCUCAUAUUCCUUGCUUUCCCUCUGAAUAUUCAUCAAUUUCACUUUACUUUCCCAAUACCAAGCUAGUUUAGAAACCUCUAUCAAUUUCAACAUCACUUAAUUAGGGAAUCCCCUCUUUUUUUCUUCUUCUUUGCUUUCCUGUCUGCAUGCUCCACGAUUUUGGAUCAAAAUGAUCAAAGCCUUCGCUUCUAAUUUCAUACUAUUGGAGUCAAAGAAUAGAUUGCGCCUCUGUACUUUCUUCGUUGCUGUAUUUCUUGGUGCUGGAGUUUAUUUCAUUGCAAGUCAAUUUAUUACAAAGGAAAUUUUUAGAUGGGAGGUAUUUUAUUCUGCUCGACAUGUAAAAUCCAGCACAUGCAAGAAUCAAUGCAGGCCUCCUGGGAGCGAGUCUUUGCCAGAAGGAAUCAUUAGUAAAACAUCUAACUUUGAAUUUCAUUCUCUAUGGGGCUCGGCUGUACAAAAUAAAGAGCCGAAGAUUUCCAAGAACUUGUUAGCAAUUGCUGUUGGAAUCAGACAAAGACACGUGGUGUCAAAAAUUAUUGAAAAGUUCCCUCAAGAUGGUUUUGACGUGAUUCUUUUUCAUUACGACGGUGUUGUGGAUGAAUGGAGGGAUUUUGCAUGGAGUUCCCGUGCACUGCAUGUCUCUGCAUUGAAUCAGACAAAAUGGUGGUUUGCCAAACGUUUCUUGCAUCCAGAUAUAGUUGCUGAAUAUAAUUAUAUAUUUCUUUGGGACGAGGACCUUGGCGUUGAGUAUUUUGACCCAAAACGAUAUGUAUCAAUCCUCAAAGAGGAGGGGCUUGAGAUAUCACAACCAGCUCUCGAUCCCGUUAAGUCCAAGGUGCACCAGCCACUUACUGCACGCAAAGCAGGACGAAAAGUUCACAGAAGGUUUUAUAACUUCAAAGGUGCUGGACGGUGCUAUGCUAAUAGCACGGCUCCGCCAUGCACAGGAUGGGUUGAAAUGAUGGCUCCUGUGUUCUCAAGGGCAGCAUGGAGAUGCACAUGGUAUAUGAUUCAGAAUGACUUGAUCCAUGCAUGGGGAUUAGAUAGACAGCUUGGCUAUUGUGCACAGGGCGACCGAACAAAAAAAGUCGGUGUUGUUGAUGCAGAGUACAUAGUUCAUUUAGGUCUGCCGACACUCGGUGCUUCCCAUGACAAUGUGCUGAAUUCUGAUGCUUCAGUUCCUUCAUUGAAGAAAAACUCGUCAAACUUUGAUGGAUCGGAACCCAAAGUGGAUAAUAGAGUAAAAGUGAGGAUGCAAUCUUCCUUAGAAAUGCAGAUCUUCAAGGACCGAUGGACUGAGGCCGCAAAGAAGGAUAGAUGUUGGAUCGACCCGUAUAGGUGUUCCAGUCUCCAUUAACAGAGCUUAAACACAUCCUGAGCAUUCACAUUCAGUUUGGACAAGAUUCAAGUUGUCUAAUAACAACUUAUACUCGACAGAUUCAAAUAACCAAGGAGGAGGUUUUCCUUUGGAAACAACUCACCCUUUUUUACUGUAUACAAAAUGAUUUCCAAAAGGUUGGUAAUUUUUUUUAUGAUUAUAAUAAUUAUUAUUUUCCUUUUGGUUUUGUUGUAAAUACAUUAUAGUUUAAUUAUAGGAGUAUGAGGUGUUUGUAAAAGUUUCUAUGUAAUCUGAUUAAAUGUAAAGUUUAUUUGUAUUGGAUAUUAUUCAGUCUUGGUUAGUAGUUUGUUAUUCUGUAAUUU